UUGACAUUGUAUACGAAAUUGUCUUCUUAUGGAAUAUCAUCACAAAUUCCGGAAAAGGAAUCAAAAGUGCGCUUAUUUGCAAAACGUUUCAGUGAACAUUUUCCUUUUGCUCUGUUAUUAGAAUUGAAUUCCUUAGGAAGAUUUAUCCACUCAAAAUUAAAUUAUUUUUGUUCAAUCUGACCAUAUGAUGGACUGAGUCAUUCCACGGAACCUUUGUGAGCAGAAGCAGCUCUCUUUGUUUUUAUUGUCAUUCUUGUAGGAGAGUGACGAAUCCACCUCCUAGUGGGUUAAGGUGAAACUGUUCAGAAUCCAAACUAAUAACUGUAGUGCAUUCCACAUUAUUAGAAGCACCUAUCUCAAUAAGGAAACAUCGGACAACUGCAUUUGUUUAUUUUGGUUUUGCUUUUGGUGUCCUAAACAAGCGUGUAGAUUAAAAAUAUUAACUAAUUAAAAAUCGUUCUGAAGAUUAAUCGAGUGUACUCGAAUAAGUGAGGUGGAGCAAGUUAGGCCAUUUUUGGAUUCUGAAAGUUUGUCCUUAAAAGUUUUUUUUUAGUUUUGCUGUGUAGGUGGGUAAAAUAAAACGCAUAUCAUAUAUCUCUGUUGAUGGUACAUUUUGACAAAAAAUGGAUUUUCAAAAUGCCUUGAACUCUCCGCAAAUACGUGUUAAGGUUGUAGCUAUUAUUCACACAUUUCUAAUAGCUGCUGCGCUCAAUAGUUAUUGGUUACCCUCGGCAUACAUUUUUUACAAUCUGCUUUUUAUAUUAUCACUAUUUUGGGCAAUACAUUGGAAACAAUCAACCGAUGCCGUUCAAAUCGCGUGUUGGAUCAAUGGACUGGGAUUCCUAUUGGAUUUGACGGGAAUCAUCUUGUACUUUCCCAGCAAAGGAGCUAUUCUCUCAGCUAUUUUUGUAAUUUUCAAUCUUGCACUGCGACCGUUCUCCUGUCUUCUGUUGCAUCGCGAACUGACGGACCGUGGAGGGCGGCUUGCUCUAACAGCUGAGUCCAAUGGGAAUAAUCCAUCGAGUUACGAAGACAUCGAUCAACCUCGUCAGGUUUUCACACCAACUGUUUUGUCAUGAGAAUCUCAAUAGAAGUAAUUGGUUUGUAAAGAGCUUAUAAUUGUUAUAGACGAAGUAAAAACACGUAUUUUUUGCGAAACUACACUAAACCAUAAUAAUUUAUUAUUAUAAUUAUUGUUUGCUAAAGUUGCGCCAAACAGGUCAGGGCACCAACAUUUUUGCGAUCCGGGUCGAUUCGGUAUUCCGUGCACAAGACAAGGCGAAUGACGCUGACAGUUAGAUUCUAUGCUGCGGGCUAAUGUGACAAUAAUGCGGAACUGGCCGGUAUUCUGCCAAACAGCACCAAGCGGAAUUUUUUCGCCUUAGUUUUCGUGUGGGAGAUCCGAUUGAUCAAAAAUCGGACCGGAUAUCCCCUAACCGCGUAAUUAUCCGAUAAUAAAUAAUAAUAAUUGAGAUAAUUUAUCCUAAUAUAUUUUCAGUUUUUUAGUUCUUAUUAACGUAUUUUUUUGUUGAUAAUUAAAUAAUAAGAUAAUAAGUUCA